AUGAAUGAGGCCUAUGCCAAUAGUUUAUGGAGACACCCGAAGAUUGGUUUUUCGUUUUUUAACUCGGUGGGAAGGUCGGGUGGUUUGAUUACGUUAUGGAAGAAAAGUAAUAUGGAUGUUCUCCUUAGCUUUAAGGGGGAAGGCCUUUUGGGGUUGAAAGUAAGUUGGAAGGAGGAUCUUUAUUACGUUGUGAAUGUUUAUUCUUCUUGUGAUUUGAUUAAGAAGAAGGCUUUGUGGGACAAAUUAUUAGACUUGAUGAAAAUUUACACCGACGGGGAAUGGAUCAUUGGAGGAGAUUUUAAUGCGAUCAAGAAUGGUAGAGAAAGAAAAGGGAGACCGGCAGGGAGUUACAAGAAGGAGACGGAUCUUUUUGCGGAGUCCAUUCUUAAGAGUGCUUUGGUUGACACCUCGUGUAAAGGGAAGAAAUUUUCGUGGUAUAGUGGAGAUGGUAAGUCUAUGAGUAGGAUUGAUCGUUUUUUAUUAUCCAACAUUGUGGUGAAUCGGUGGGAGGUUGUUGGUCAAAUGAUUGGUGAUAGAGACAUUUCGGACCAUUGUCCCAUUUGGAUUAUGAAGGACAAAUAUAAUUGGGGGCCGAAACCGUUCAAGUUCAACAACGAGUGGUUUUCUUUUGACUCUUUUAUUCCUUUCGUGGAAAGGGAGUGA